AUGCCUUCCGUCUCGACCAUCGCCCAGGCCGAGGAGGUCCGCAAGACUUCCCCUGAGCAGGCCAUCCCUCUCUACCAGAGCAUCCUCGCCGCCGUAGGAACAGGCAUGUCCAUCGCCAGGAACGACCAGGAAACCGCUCUCUUGAAGCUUGCACAGUGCUACCGCGAUCUCCACCGCCCCAAUGAGCUUGCUGCUCUUAUCCACGAUUCCCGCACGCUGAUCACAUCUAUUCCUAAAGCCAAGACGGCCAAGAUCAUUAGAACUUUGAUCGACUACUUUUCAGAGAUCCCCAACACCCUCCCUCUCCAGAUCGAGGUCUGCAAGGAGACAAUCCAGUGGACAGUUCAGGAGAAGCGCAUCUUUUUGAAGCAGGCAUUGGAGACGCGAUUGAUCGCGUUGUACCUCGACAACAAGAUGUACAGCGAUUCUUUGGCAUUGGUCGGCACAUUACUCAAGGAGCUCAAGAAGUUGGAUGAUAAGAUGGUUCUCGUCGAGGUCCAGUUGUUGGAGAGUCGUGUCUGCCAUGCACUGCGCAACCUGCCCAAGGCCAAGGCUGCUUUGACUUCUGCCCGUACAUCAGCCAACGCCAUCUACUGCCCACCUCUUUUGCAGGCCGCUCUCGACAUGCAAUCUGGAAUCUUGCACGCAGAGGAGAAGGACUACAAGACUGGAUUCUCGUACUUUUACGAGACCUUGGAAGGUUACUCCUCCUUGGACGAUCCUCGCGCCAUCUCUGCAUUGAAGUACAUGUUGCUCUGCAAAGUCAUGUUGAACCUGUCCGAUGAUAUUCAGUCGAUCUUGAACAGUAAGGUUGCGCUCAAGUACCGAGGUGUGGAGGUCGAGGCCAUGAAGGCCAUUGCAUCAGCUCACAACAACCGCUCUCUCCAGGAGUUUGAACAGGCCUUGGCCGCAUACCGUGAUGAGCUCGGAAACGACCCUAUUAUCAGGAAUCACCUUGCGUCGUUGUAUGACAAGUUGCUUGAACAAAACUUGGUCCGUGUGAUCGAGCCCUUCUCGCGGGUGGAGAUUUCACAUAUCGCCGAGAUCAUCAAGUUGCCCGCACAACAGGUCGAGGUCAAGUUGUCGCAGAUGAUCUUGGACAAGACCUUCCACGGAGUACUAGACCAGGGCGCCGGAUGCCUUGUUGUGUUUGAGGAGACGCCUGUUGACAAGACUUACGAGAGCGCUUUGGACACGAUGAAGAACAUGGCCAACGUGGUCGAAUCUCUCUACGAGAAGGCUUCCAAGUUGUCGUAG